UCUUAAUAAUAGGUGAAAUAAAAAACAGCCAUUUGCGCCAAAGCACAGGAAGAAAUGGACGCUUCUUCUUCUUCUUCUUCUUCAAAGCAACAGCACCAGCAGAAAUCACGCAGUUUACUCCUACUCUCUUCCCCAUUUAUUCACACCCCAUUCCCUCCCCAAUUAUUCACGCAGUCCUCUCACUCUAAACCCAACCUCCAAUCCAAUGUAAACAUUGUUCGUCAUCUCCAUAGCUCUAUCGUAUCCACUGCUGAGAAUUGCCUCACAUUCUUAGACACAUUCGCUUCCCCAAAUCCACUUCUCGACAAAAUCUUCCAUUUCUUCUCCUCCCAUUUCCACAAUUUCUCCCAGGAUGGUGCUGUGGAGUCGUGGACCAAUCUGUUUGGUCUUGAUUUUGAUAGAGAAGGUUCUGUGAAAGUUAUUGGCUGGAAGAGGAAUGGUGAAGUUCUUUUGACUAAAGAUGAGGAGAUGGUUUCAGUUGACAUUAAGACUCAAGAGUUCAAGAAUGUUGGGAUGCGUGGAUAUGAUGAGGCAUUUUGUGUCAAUGUUUACACAGAGAGCUUAGUGCUAAUUGACAAAGUACAUGGAGGCUUCGGUGAGCAAGCACGCUCUUCUCUGUUGCAGGCACCAAGAGCAGAGUUGGAGGAACCAAGAAAAUUAUAAGAACCAAGAAACAAUAGAAAGAGCAGGCAAGAUAUAUAUAUAUAUAUAUAUAUGUACCCCACUUUUUUUUAAUCCUAUUAGUAGUCCUUCCUGCAUGACAUGUAUAUGAAUGUCAAAUGCUAGUUUAAUGACAUAUCUGUGUGGUCAUGGUCAAUAUAAAGUUUGUGGUCAUGUAUCUCUACUAGUAAAGAGUAGUAGGUUUUAGGUGUCUUACUAGGUGGAGUAUUAGCUAAAGUUUCAAUGUUGAUUUUGUUGUUACCUCAGUUGCUUUCACUACUUGGACAGGGAUGCAAUUAACACUUUAGAGUGAUGAUGUACUUAGCUCCACUAAUGGUUCAUUUGUGACUGAUUUUCAUUUCGUAUGAGACUUGACCUGGAUUAUAUUCUCUUCUUACCUGGAAUGAUUUUUAUAUGAUAGAAUUGGUAGCAUGGAGGGAGAAAGCCAGUUUGUUUGUUCAAUAGCUUCUACAUGCCUUGUUGAAAAUGUAUUUUGUUCAUACUCCCUUUUAUUUUAUUUUCUUUUAAUGCCAUUUUCUGCCAUGAAUUUGUUGUUGUGUGCGCUAAAUCAUUGCAGAUAACAUUUGACUCUUAUAUUCUUUGUGUGGACUUGCAUUGCACUUUAACUUUGAUGCGUUUAUCAGAAUCAGAAAAUAAAAGUCUAUUUUACUAUAAUGUUUGGCCUCAUUCUAAAAUCAAUAAUCAAGAUCACAACAAGGUGUGAUUUAUAUUUUCAUAUGGGUUAUGUAGUAACUCAGGCCAGAACACCUCCUUAUUGUUUGAUUCUUGGCUUUCACGUGGCGCUAUUGUUCUUUCAGAGGGUCAUAGAGUUUUCAACUUAGGUAUUCCUAAAGAUGCUCAAGUUGGCUGACAUUAUAUCUGAUAGAGGGUGGGAAUGGCCUGAAUUGCAUGCGAGAUAAUAUUUGGGAUAUUGGUUCUUUGGUUGCUCAAACUCUCUGUACCUUCUAGGAUAGGGAAUAAUGAUGUUGUUUGGUCCAGCUCCAAUAAGCCCUUCUCAGUUAAGGAUGCUUAUGAAGAUGUCAGACUCAACCAUAACUUGUGGGGCUGUUUGAUUUAAGGGAGGUGUUCCAAAGCACUGUUUCAUCCUCUGGCUUGCUGCUAAGGAUACACUAAGCACUAUGAACAAGCUCCUUCAAUGAUGUAUGUCUCAAUCAGACCGAUAUAUCCUUUGCAGAAGGAAUGUUGAAAGUGUUCAUAAUCUAUUCUUUAUAAGUCAGUAUGCCUUGAUCUAAGAGUCUGUUGCUAUUGCUGUUCGAGAUUCUCGAAUGGAGCAAUCACAAGUGUCAGUCUAAGAGGAAUUGGUACCAUCAAGUUUGCAAAAUCUCCACAUGAUUUGGAGAGAAACAAACUCUGGAAGAUACUUUAAUUCUUAUUUGGAUGAAUUCUCUGCGUCUCUUCAAAUUACCACUCUAUUAGACUUAAAAUGUUGUCCUUUCCUGCAACUAGAUUCAACAGGCAUACUGUUGGAUACAUCCCUUUCUGGAAUGUUUGAUUCUUUCUGUUGGUUUGCUGUUGUGCUGUGCUGUGGUUAGUUAUUGUUUGUACUAUUGGGGGUUGCCCAUUUCAAUUCUGUGCUGUGUUUUCUUGAAUAAAAUAGAUAACUUAUAAAUAAUAAUAAUAAUAAUAAUAAUAAUAAUAAUAAUAAUAAUAAUAAUACUAUUACAAAAUAAAAAAUCUAAGUUGGAACAGCUUGAAGUUAAAUCAGCCUAUUUCCCUUGAGGUUUUGAAUUAUGUAGCAAAUUGCCCCCUGCCGUUAAGUACUUGACGGAUUAUGCUGAUGUCAGCAUGAGAAAAUUGUUUGAAGGUCAAUUUUGCCCUUCUAAUGUUUAAAAUGACAUUUUUAACCUCACUUACCAAUAUACAGUUACCAAUCCAUCCGUGACCUAUUAACACCAAUGUACCAAAAUGACCUUCCUCUCACAUUAACAAACCCAGAAACAUCACACCCAAUUCACCACCACCACUGCAAAAGAACACGACACCCUUCUUGGCCUUGGCCUUCAAAAUAAAGCAAAGAGGUUACUACAUAGCCUUCAUCAACACUCCUCUCAACAUUAAGAAACUCCAAUUUUCUCUCCCUCCAAACACGACUUGUAGAAACGUUUUUGAAAACACUGGAAUAAUAAAAGAGCUAAAGGAGAAAAGCCCUAAAUUAAUUCCUGAAGAUUAACCCUCAUUAAUCCAAAUACACUCGAUCUACUGCCCUUGUCUUCAAAAACCCUAAAACUAUGUAUAUAUAUACAUAUUCUUUCCAAAACUGUAACUAGAUAUAACUAAGAAAACAAUACCACUCCUGUAACCUGAUUUAAGGUGUUUUUCUCUUUUGCCUAACUGCAUUAACUUAAAAAAUUAAAGAUUCAUAUAUAUAUACAACACAAAUAGUUGUUGAUUUUUAUAUUAUUACUAUGUUCUGCUAUCCAAAUUUAUAUAUUUUUCUUCUAUCAAGCAACUUGAAAAAA